CAGAUGACAGCUACAGUGCCUCUGAGCAACGUGCAGGUGACAGCUACGAUGCCUCUGAGAACCGUGCAGGUGACAGCUACGAUGCAUCUGAGAAACGUGCAGGUGACAGCUACGAUGCCUCUGAGAACCGUGCAGGUGACAGCUACAGUGCCUCUGAGCAAACGUGCAGGUGACAGCUACGAUGCCUUUGAGAAACGUGCAGGUGACAGCUACGAUGCCUCUGAGCAGCGUGCAGGUGACAGCUACGAUGCCUUUGAGAAACGUGAAGCUGAUCGCACCGAUGCACCCACGCACCGUGCAGGUGACAGCUCCAUGUGUGCGGAUGUGUCUAGGCUGUUCCUGCUGCUAUUGGGGCUAUGGAGCUUUGCAGCCCUGUGCUGA